AUGGGCUUCAAAACAGAUGCUGCAAGCUCGAAGCCUUCCGGUAAACAACAGAGAUCCAGGUCAUCACCAGGGCCAUCCCAGGUUACCGGAAUGGAGCAGCAAACGCAUAUAUUGGGGGAGGAAACACAAACCGAAAGCGACGAACAACUAGGGACGUCGUUUGAUCCCAUAUUGUCUCAUGAUGUCGAACGUAGCCCUAAAAGAUCCCGAGAUAAUGCCUUCUCUCUCCGAGUUACCAGCAGCACCUUCUCGUGCAUCCGACAAGAAACCAAGGUAUUCGGUUUCUCGGAGAGGCACGAGAAGCGGCGGGAGCGGAAAGCCCUAGGUGAUGCAAAUCAGAACAGCCAGCCAAAUUUCCAAACCAGCAGCCCACCGCACUCCAGUCAGCGUAGCGAUGUUCAAGCCAGUUUUGUGAGAUUGCCGAUGAGAAUCGUCUGCAAGCCAUUGACCUAG